AUGUUUGGAACAAAUCAUACUAUGUUUAUAUCAUAUCCAUUUGAUUAUUCAUUUUCAAAUUCUUCUUAUUCAUCAUCAUCACCAAUGUUUAUUUCAAUAUUUAUUGGAAUUAUUCUUUUUACAAUAACUAUUUGGACUAUAUUUGGAAAUAUUUUAGUUAUUAUUGCAUUUAUUAUUGAUAAACAAAUUCGACAAGGUGGAAUGUCAAAUUAUUUAAUUAUUAAUUUAGCUAUUAGUGAUCUUUUAUUGGGUAUUGCUGUUUUACCAUUUUCAGCAUCAUAUUCAACAUUUGGUAUUUGGUAUUUUGGAAAAUUUCUUUGUGAAAUAUGGUUAGCUAUUGAUGUUCUUUGUUCAACAGCAUCUAUUUGGGGUUUAUUAAUGAUUGCAUUUGAUCGAUAUAUAGCAACAAAUUAUCCAAUUCGUUAUUGUCAUCAUCGUCAAUCAAUACGUUUAGCAUUAAUUUAUAUAUGGAUUGCAUGGUUUGUCUCAAUAGCAAUAUGUUUAUUACCAACAUUAUUUUUUGAGAAAAAAAAAGAAAUUUUUUUGGAAUCUGAAAAUCGAACAAUUUAUGUAUCACCAACUAAAUAUACAUCAUCAAAUCGUCAAUGUGAAUUAUAUAAAGAUUUAAAUUUUGUUUUAACAAGUUCUUUACUUUCAUUUUAUAUUCCAUUAAUUAUUAUGAUUUUUUUAUAUGCAAAAGUCUUAUAUGCAAUUAGACAACAAUCAUUAAAGUUAAAGAAAAAACCAUUAUCAUCAACACCAACAACAGUAACAACUGUUUUACUCAAUAAAAAUAAUCGAACAACAACAAAAUUUGAUGAAAUUAAAAAAGCAAGAACUUCAUCAGCAUACUUUCAUGAACCGUCCAAAACCUCGUCAACAGUUCAAUGUUAUGUUAAUUCAAUAAAGAAAACAAAUGUGAAAAGAUCGAAUCAUCAUCGAUCAUUUAUUGUUAAUUGUUCAUAUUCGAAAUUAUUUCGUAAACAAAAUAGAUCUCAAAGUUUUUUUCAAAGUUCAUUAACAAAUGAUGACAUACCUCACUGUGAUCAACAUCAAUUAGGACGUCGAGAAAUAACAGCUGAAGCUCGUAUUACUCGUUCAUUAGCUGUUGUUAUUGGUUGUUUCAUAUGCUGUUGGUUACCAUUCUUUACUUUAUAUAUAAUUCGAGCUGUAUGUCUUUGUUUAAGUUUCAAUGCUAUUGAAUUUUUUGUUUGGUUGGGAUAUUCAAAUUCAUCAAUUAAUCCUGUACUUUAUGCCAUUUUAAACAAAAACUUUCGUUUAGCAUUUAAGAAUAUUUUUAUUUCGGUAAAAAAAAUUCUUUUUGUAUAA